AUGACAGAAAUGAAUGCUUAUUAUGGAAUUAGAGACUUUGAAAUAUUUACAGAUAUAAAAUAUAUAGAAGAAAAUGAAUUAUGUAAUGAUCAAAAUAUCUAUGCAUUUGAUGGUUAUUUUAAUUUCUAAUUUGAUUGUAAUGAAGGAUGUAGUAAUUGUGUAAAAGGUCAUUGUAUAGAAUGUUAUUCUUAUUGGUAUUAUGAUCCAUAAAAUUAUAUUUGUCUUCCAUUUUGUGGUGAUAUUAUUAUAGUUGGAUUAGAAGAAUGUGAUGAUUCAAAUUAAAUACCUUAUGAUGGUGGUCAUUAAUGA